AUGGCGAGCCAGCAGUCACAUGCGGAACAAAGCAAAGGGCUGAUGGAGCGAGCAAAAGAAACAGUCAUGACAGCCGGCGAGACUGCAAAAGAGGCAGCAGUGGACGCGUACAAUGCUGCCAGCGAGAGCGUGGCGAACCUGACCAGGCAUAUCAGUGGAGAGAAUCACGGUGACACUGCGGAGAAAAAGGCACACGAAGCAAAAGAGUCGGCUAAGGAUGCAGCAUCUACAGCACGCGAAGGCAUUUCUAACGCGACCCGCGAUGUAUCUGAGUCUGUCUCGAAGGACCCGAAGAUCCAAGGAAAGAUUGGCUAA